AUGGGCUGGGAUAAGUAUGGAAACAAAUACUACAUCACGGAAUCUGGCACUAACAGUCAGGGUAACCACUACUCUAACCGCGAUUAUGGCCCUGAUGCUCCGAACCAAAACUCCUACCACUAUUCCAACAAGGAUGGAUCGUACUAUUACUCCAACCCCAAUGGCAGCACCUACUACAACGACGGUAAAGGUUCUGCCGUUUACACUCCUCCCGAUUCUUCAAACUCGGACAACUAUGAGGACUAUUACGAGUCUUUAGAGUCUUCGGGGGGCUAUGAGGAAACCCACGAAUCCAUACGCUAUACGAUAGAUGUGCAGGUCGAUAAUGACACCUAUAGGAGGUGGUGA